GACGCCAGCACUGACCAGCGGACGACAUGGCUUGUAAGCAGGUGAUAAUUUUCGUGGCAGCCCUGUCGCUGGCCCACGCCGGUUACCUGGGCGCCCCUGCAGUCCUCGCCCCCGCCGCCCCCAUCGCUAGGGCCUACGCCCCCGCUAUCGCCGCCGCCCCCAUCGCAAGGGCAUAUGCCCCAGCUAUCGCUGCCGCCCCCAUCGCCAGAGCUUACGCUCCAGCGAUCGCAGCUGCCCCCGCCAUCCGCGCAGCACCCGUGGCCGUGGCCGCCGCCGCCCCCGCCGCCGUCGCUGCCGAGUACGACCCGCACCCAGAGUACAGCUUCGCCUACAACGUCCAGGACGCACUGACGGGCGACUCCAAGAGCCAGCACGAGAGCCGCAGCGGAGACGUCGUCCAGGGCAGCUACAGCCUGGCCGAGCCCGACGGCUCCAUCCGCACCGUCGACUAUACCGCCGACCCCGUCAACGGCUUCAACGCCGUCGUGCACAAGGAGGCCGGCGCCCACCCCGCCGUUGCCGCCGCCCCCGCCCGUGUGGCCGUCGCCGCCCCCGCCAUCGCCGCGGCCCCGGCGAUCGCUGCCGCCCCCGCCAUCGCCGCCGCGCCAGCGCUGGCGUACGGUGCCGGCCUCGGCUACGGCUAUGCUAGAGCAGCCUACGCUGCCCCCGCCAUUGCCGCCGCCCCCAUUGCUAGGGCAGCCUACGCCGCCCCCGCCUUCGCCGCUGCCCCCGUCGCCAGAGUCGCCUACGCUGCCCCCAUUGCUAGGGCAGCCAUUGCUGGGCCCGCACUGGCGUAUGGAGGAUACGGUUAUGGCGGAUUGGGAUACGGCAAGGCUAUUCUUGGUUAAACCCCUUUGUACAAACUAUUCAUUCCGUUUUCGUGAAUGUUUCUAUUAUCAUACACUUCCUGUGUUACAAACUCUUCUAUGUAAAUAAAUCGCUGUUCACUGUAA